UUCUGAAUAGUUGUUCAAGCUUCGUUAAAGAGGACUUUGGGAGGGCAGUAUGAGACAUAAAAAAGAUCGGGAUAGAACUAAGCAUAGACCUCACCAGUGUUAUUUUGCUUGAUGGCACCACAGUCCGCUCUUCGUAGCCUCUUCUUGAAAAGAGGGAUCCCAAGGUAGUCCCAGGCCCCAUCCUGCUCUCUAAACUCUAAAGUAAUUCUUGACAGAGGCCUUUAGCUGCGUCUGUGCCUUUGGAUUGAAGCAAGCUGCUGACUUCGAAAGGUUCAACCUGGUAUAUGCUCGCAGAGGUGACAGGUAAUGCCCAAGGCUUUGAGGAACAGUGUUUCGGCCGUAUAUUGGUAGGUAGCAAAUACGCAGACAACCGAUAUUUCGGUUUUUCUCGGUCGGAUUACUCGGCAUCGUAACGCAAAAGAAUAAAGUCGCAUUAUAUCAGUCUCCCUUCAUCCCUUCCCCCCAUCUUUCGCCAGCCUCAGCUGAUAUUUUGGAUUUAUCGGUGAAUGCCCGAAAUUUCGGUUGGCGAUACCUGAGCAGUUGCCUUAAGGCCUAAGGCGAGACUUCUACGGCCAGAAGCACCCUCCAUGACUCCAUCACUUUUCUCGAUCUCGAUCGCAGGCCUCGACUCCUCCAAACUCUAAUUUCUUGGAAUUCCGUCGAACUCCAACCCUAAAAUCUUCUCCGAUCUCGAAUUCCUCUUCUCGACUCUCCCAAUCAAUCCGGAUCUUGGGAAGAAGCCGCCGCCGCCGCCGCUGCUGCCGAUGGCGAAGGAGUUCAGCGUCCCCCCGGUGGUCUUCCCCUCCUCUGCCGGCAACCCCAACGCCCCCCACCAGCGCCGCGCCCCGGCAGCGCCGCCCUUCCAGCCCUCCCGCCCGGCCGCUGCCUCCUUCGCCACCGGCCCCUCCAACCCCAGCCUCCCCUUCUUGUCCUUCGACAUCGGCUCCGCCCCCUCCAGCUCAUCCUUUUCCGCCCCCGUCUUCGCCUCCACCGGCGGCGGUCCCCUCUCCGCCGGCGCCGCCUCCUUCGACGACGAGCCCCCUCUCCUCGAGGAGCUCGGCAUCAACACCCGCCAGAUCUGGCGCAAGACCGCCUCCAUCCUCAACCCCUUCCGUGUUAACCCUGACCUCCACGAGGACGCCGACCUUUCCGGCCCCUCUCUUCUCAUGGCCUUCGGCCUCUUCCAGCUUCUCGCCGGCAAGUUCCACUUCGGCAUCAUCCUCGGCUGGGUCACCGUCGCCGCCCUCUUCCUUUACGUCGUCUUCAACAUGCUUGCCGGCCGCAACGGCAACCUCGAUCUCUACCGCUGUGUCAGCCUUGUCGGCUACUGCAUGCUUCCCAUGGUCAUUUUCUCCGCGGUCUCCCUCUUCGUGCCCCAUGGCGGCCUUGUAAUCUUUGCCAUGGGGGCCGUAUUCGUUCUCUGGUCUACCAGGGUCUGCACGAGGCUUCUCGUCGAGCUGGCCUUGUGCGGGGACGAGCAUCGCGGCCUCAUAGCCUAUGCUUGCUGGCUCGUCUACAUGCUCUUCUCCCUGCUUGUAAUAUUCUGAUUAUUGUUCACAUCCAUGAUUUUUUUUUCAAUGAAGCAUCGAGAGGCCUCUGGUUUCUAUGAGGCAUUGAGGGAUAUCUUCAGACCUUUGCCAGUCUCAUAUUGUCAAUCUGAGGUCCCCCCUACGACUCUCCAAGGAUUUGAAUCCAAGUCAUUGUAUUGUAUGCUUAAAUUCUGGCUGGUGUAAUAUUCGUCAAUACCAUUUGCCAUGUAUAGGUGCCAAAGAAUCUUGAAUCUGGAAAGGAUUAUUUUUGAAAGAUCAGGAAAGGGAAUGUUGAAGAGCGAAGAGUAGUGUGAAGUGGAGAAUUGCUUGUCUUGAUAGUUGCUAUAGUUGAAUAGUAUGCUUUUCCAAUUGCUAGCUAUAUGAUUGACCUUCCUUAACUACCCUAUUGAUAUAUUCUAUGAAAACACUUUCAGAUAGUUUCCUUCUUUCAUGUUGGUUAUUGCCCGAACACCAUCACUCUGGCUUCUUUAGUGUUAUUCUAAUUGAGUAACUUGGGCUUCUUAAAUGUGCAUAUAUCAGGUGUCUAAUCAUCGCAAAUUCAGCUCUGAUGGUUUCAUUAAAUUGUGCUUGAGGAUGAGAGUCCUUAAUGUCCUUGUAAUUUUUCAUUGUUUGUGCACUUCUGAUCUUCUUAUUCUUUUGCUGACUGUAUAUGUUGAUACUUUGCUUUCAAGUUUUUUCCUGUUGACGGUAUGUUCCAAAAUA